UCGUUUCUUCUUCCUGUUUGGUCUAUGUAGUUGAAAACAAGUCCACCGAUGACUGUAUGUUCUGUGAGAUGUCGGCAGCUGUUGGUCGUGUCACGUUUUUUAGGUUCCUGUCUGCUCCGUCACGUUUUAGUGCUGGAUAUAAAAACGGGAGAGGAUUAGCUGCUGUUAGCUUCAGACCGAGCCGCAGAACCACAUGUAGCAGCGCCAGGCACAUUUCUACAGGGCAGCUGCUGUCGAAUGGAGAGGACAAGAAAACAGUGAUCUGUAUUGAGGGGAACAUUGCUAGUGGGAAAACAACAUGCCUGGAGUAUUUCAGUAAAACUAGCAACAUAGAGGUCCUUACAGAACCAGUCUCAAAAUGGAGGAAUGUCCGCGGUCACAACCCUCUGGCUCUUAUGUACCAGGAUCCUCAGCGCUGGGGUAUCACACUGCAGACGUAUGUUCAACUCACCAUGCUGGAUAGACACCUGUCAGCCAUGUCAACUCCUGUCAGGAUGAUGGAGAGAUCCAUCUUCAGUGCCAAGUACAUCUUUGUGGAGAAUCUCUUCAGAAGUGGGAAAAUGCCAGAGGUGGACUACGCUGUUCUCAGCGAGUGGUUUAACUGGAUCACAAAUAACAUUUCCAUUCCUAUUGAUCUGAUUGUUUAUCUGCAGACGUCUCCUCAGACCUGCUACGAGAGGGUGAAGCAGAGGUGCAGAGAGGAGGAGAAAGUUAUUCCAUUGGAGUAUCUGGAGUCCAUCCACCAGCUGUAUGAGGACUGGAUUUUAAAGCGUACCUCCUUCCAUCUUCCUGCUCCUGUUUUGGUGAUUCCCGCUGACCAUAACCUCGAGGAUAUGCUGCACCAGUACGAAGAAAAUCGUGACAAGAUCUUAGCAUACCGUUGAUGCUCAAAUAUACAGUUAGGCACAUUCUGAAGGACAUCCCUUGUUAAAGACAAGAUCAUGAAGAUGUGAAUAAAUCUGUUACACUGAUUGUUAUUUUUAGCUUUUUGGCUUUGUACCCAACCACAGCUCAGUUCAUAUGUGUUUAUUAGGGGAAAAACUCAUCAUUAAUAGCUUUUAACAACUAAAUAGUUUUACCAAAAUGUAUAUUUAUUUAUUCUUAUCACCAGGAUGGAACCAGAACUAACUUCAGACCAAUUGAGACAUUCCACUGACCCUCUGCUUCAUAUAAACCAUUUGAGUUUGUUUUUUUUUUUACAUUAAAGAGUUACUGAAACAAACACAAAGAACUCCAAGUGUUUAAGAAUCAUACUUAGUGCUUCUUAAGCAGUCACACUGAUUCAUUUGACAUUGUCUACAGUUACUUGUUCAGUUGUUGCUUUCUAAUGGACUUGUUUUGUCACUAUUUAAUGUAAUAAACCGUAAGUGUUUCCUAA